AUGGAGACCACAGACCUCCCGUUGAAUGUUACAGAAGGUGACGUCUCCCCCUUCUCCUUUGCUGGCUGUGUUGUCAUCGUGGCGGUCUUUUCCCUCAUCUCCACCCUCACCAUGGUGGGAAAUGGACUGGUGGUGUGGCUUGUCCUCACCACCAAACGCAUGCGUACGGUGACUAAUUACUUCUUGGUCAAUCUCUCUCUUGGAGAUAUGCUCUCGGUGUUUCAGAUCAUACCAAACGUCUACUAUGCCAUCAAUAAUGACUGGGUUUUUGAACUAGCCUACUGCAAAUUCUCCCAAUUCUUCACGGCUUUCGGCAUCUCGCUCAGCGUGCUAACCUUCACCGGCUUGACCGCGGAUAGAUAUAUCGCCAUCAAGUACCCAUUGCGACCUCGCUCCAGACCUGCAACAAUUCUCUGCAUUAUCGGGUGCAUUUGGGUAGUCUCCUUCCUAAUCGGCCUACCGGGAUUAGUUGCGGCCAAAAUAAGUUUAGUUCUUCCCCAAGAAUUUGAAAAUGGAUCGGAUAAUAGCAAUACCAGUUUUACAAUUGUUUCCCUGGAGUCUACCAACGCAACAGACGAUUUGCGUGUUCGACGAGCUUGUACUUACGACUGGGCUCCCGAAUGGGGCAUUGCCUACGAUGUUGCCCUCUUUAUCCUAAUGUACAUCCUUCCGCUCACCAUUCUCUUCGCCACUUACAUCCCCAUCACGGUGAAGCUGUGGUCGGACAGGGGUCUGGGCGAAGUCACUCGAGCUCAAAUUGAAGGCAUCAAGUCAAAACGACGAGUAGUGAAAAUGCUGAUUGCAGUGAUGGUGAUAUUCGCCAUUUGCUGGCUUCCUUACCAACUCUUCUUCCUAACGUUGCACGCCCCAAUCGACCAUGAACAUCCGAGUCUCCCCGUCAUUUUCAUCUGCUGCUAUGGCCUUGCAAUGAGCAACAGCAUGUACAAUCCCAUCGUGUACUGCAUUAUGAAUCGGAGGUUUCGGGAUGGAUUUCUCAAUGCAAUCAGCUGUUGUCCCUUUGUGAAACACUAUCGCAGAAAGUGCCAGCGUACACGCUUCCACCGCAAUUUCCAAACUCUUAUCGUCUCCUCCGAUGUCGAGCACGCUCCCCUGCCCGGUCAACUAUCACAGAAGUAUAACCGAAAAGUGCCACAAAAGCAUCAGACUACUAAUUCUGCGAUGGCAUAG